AUGUUUAUGGGCUCAUCAAGCUUCAUUUCAAUGGGCAAGGCGCUCAAGAAGAAGCCUCCAAAUACCAAUGCAGAUGCUCGAAGAUUAAUGUUUGUGGAUUCCAUCAUCAAGGCCGAUUCUGUAGAAGUCGUACAACUCCCCAACGCCACUAACCUUAUGGAUGGUACCUUAUACGCUAUAUUCGAUGGGAAGCUAUAUUUGAUUCGUGGAAUACAGCCUAAUGUGCACCCUGUGAGCUUGUUUGUGAACAACACGAUUUUGAACCAGUCGUUCCUGGCGACGUUCAAGUUUGACGUCAUUUUUAUCUUCACAUCCAUUGUGUUUUUGGAGCCAGAUAAGUUCAUGUCUAUGCCACAACGCAUAUACGAGUUGUACCGAUCAGGCCUCAACGAAUCCCAGGGUCAUGGCGCAUUAGAGGCAGGCACUUUUGCUCUGUGGAACAACAAUGUAGAUAACAUUCAGGAGCGCAUACGAUACCUAUGCGAGACUGCCAACCCGAGUGAAGCGAAAGAUCCACUCAUCAAGCCCAAUAUGUCUAAAUUCCGGGCUAUGCUGGAAUACAAGGUGCAAUGUCUGGAGAAAGCGGCCCGCAACUCAAACAUUAUGAUGGGGCCCUAUUGCCAAUCUAAUGAGACGUCGAACCGUGAUAACGUGCGUAAGCAUUACAUCACUUUCCAAGAUAGCAAAUUGCGGUCGUUUGCUUGGUCGGUGAUUUCCUCUAUGUUGAAUGCCGAAGCCAGAAACUGCCUAAUACCGUCGAAUGCGUCCAUGGCAGACAAGCAAGCGGUUGAGGGUGCUAAUACGUCUACAAAACCUGUGAUAAAAUCAGGGAAGAAACCAAAGCAGCGCAAGAUAGCGGUAGCCAGCGGCACCGUCUCUAUUACUACAUUCUUCAAGCCGGCUUUAUGA